CCGGUUGUUGCCUGAGCACAUCAAAUGACACAAGUCUAGUGAGCUUACAAUGCAACAAUAUGGUCAGCCAUGGAUGAUGGAAACCAAUUUCCAAAGCGGAAAGGAGGAAGUAGGAUAUUGGGGUGGUGAAACAGAGUGUAUGAUCGCAUCUGGGAUUUCUUGGGCGUACGUUCACGCACCAGUGCAUGUGGAGGUGGUCUUGUUUGUAAACCACAAUCUCUUCAAGCCUCUUUUUGCUGAGGCGGAUUAAAAUUGUGCUCUAAGCUUUGCCGAACGCCAGCGCGGAGUUCUUUGUUCUUUUCUUUUGUGGCUGGCACCGCCAGCCAUUUUGGUCCGGUAGCCCUGAACCUCCGAGUUUUUCGGACUGGCUUGAUUUCGAUUCUCAAGUUUGCCUGGGCGAAGUACUGGUGGUUUAAAGUAUCUGCUGGAUUUCCUGCUUACACACAGAUGUGUAUGGACCUUUUACCUGACGAAGUGUCAGCGGCCUAGGACAAGAGAUAGAACAGGUGGGAAGCAGUGCAUGAGAGAGAGAGAGAGAGAGAGAGAGAGAGAGAGAGAGAGAGAGAGAGAGAGAGAGAGAGAGAGAGAGAGAGAGAGAGAGAUGUUGGGGUAGCAGCCUCCUUAUACCAACGGCCAGCCAACCAGGUUGUUGGUUAUGGGAGGUAUGCUAUGAAAUUAUUUAUUGGUGAACUGGUAGAAAAUUGGCGUGUUUUGUAGUGCACCAAACUCUCCGGAAACCAGUACGAUUUUCUUGCUUCCAUGUCGUUUCCAUGUGACAUGGAGGAGAGAUGAUGUAGGACAUUCCUGGCCUGGAUUUCACGAAUAGAUUGUGGUCUCAUCCCACAGCACACACGAUUGAGGGUCAGUGUGGCCCAGCACAGCAGCAGUGGGGCUCAGGGCUAUUGUUUAGUGAUGAGACGUAAGACUGACAGACCUAGAAAGCUAGGGACAGAGCUCAGAUGCUCUCUACGUACCCAGCUGAUUAUUGUGGCUGAAUGGUACACACAGGAAACUGUCCAUGAACAGAUCAUGAGUGAAUCACAAGGAUAGUAUUAAGGUUAGGUUCUAGCCCCGAUGGGAAAAAAAACAGCUCUCCGCACCUGUGUGUAACAGAGGCCCUGAACAAGAUGGCGUCUUUCUACCUAUUGCAUCGCAGUGACGAUUCAGUAAUCUGUCGUUCUUUGGAAAACAACAGAAGGGUUCCAGUUCGGAUGGUGCUGUCCUUCCUUCAGCACAAUUCAGAAAGCAAGUCGUCCCAAAAAUCGGCUGUCACUGCAGCACCACUUAGCAAUUUGCCACUUAGCAAUUCGCAUUGUGGUAGGGGUUUAGGUCUGGCUGGCUGUCUUUCUAAGGACCAGGAUUUUGCCACGUUUACUAGUCCACGUAAUUUUCUACAGGAUUUGUUAUUGACCAAUAGGUUUCGCGCUGUUGUGUGCAUGCUACUGACUUCCCUGUUGUUUGUCUCAAUGAGGGUUUCCUCUUCUGGACAACUACAACUCCAGAUGUCUAAACAUGUUUCACAAUCGAUGCAAUCUUCUCGAUCAAUGCCUUUGAGAGGAGUUCCCACAAGGUUACUUGGUGGAAGUUUAGAUGCCCGGUCAAAGGAGGGGGAGGGGGAGAGAGAGGGGGAGGGAGAGGUUGAUGGCAGGGAUAGAGAAGAUGGGACGGAGGAGAAAAAGGAGCCACCAGCAUGGUCGAUAGUCGGUGGAAGUGUUGCCGAUGAGGUACUCUUUGCUCAUCAGGUCUCUGUGCAAAUACUGAAAGGGAGUGCGAGUUUUAUUUGUGGUGGAACACUGAUCGACCCACAGUUCGUGGUGACAGCUGCACACUGUGUUCUUGAUGGCAAUUCCUCUGGGUUUGUGGGAAUCCCUUUUGAAAAUCUAACAGUGGGAGUAGGGACGCAAGCACUGGAGCAAAGCCGCCGUGUCCCAAUUUCGCAGGUGUGGGCUCAUCCAGCCUUCAACUUUACCGCCUUCGACCAUGACAUUGCCCUUUUGAAGUUAGGGUUAUCGUUGCCGAUAACUGACAAGGUAAGGCCCAUCAAGAUUGCAGUGAAUAAUGAUACGAACUACCUAGCUGCUGGUGCGGAUAUCACGAUCAGCGGAUGGGGCGCCAUGUACCAGCAGGGUGAGGCAGCGGCAGUGCUGCACAUGGCGACUGUUGAUAGUCUUCCUGAUGGGUGUAGCAAUUACACCCCGCCAAGAUACUCUCUUCCAUUCGAUCCCACUUUGAUGGUUUGCGCUGGGUGUGGUUUGGGCUUUGUUGACUCUUGCUCGGGCGACUCAGGCGGGCCAGCUACUGUAGCUUCGGAGUCCGGCGGCUGCCCGAUCUUGGUUGGCACGGCAAGCUUCGGUGAGAGGUGCGGCCAAGUAGGGUUCCCAGGGGUCUAUACUCGUAUCAGCUCGCAUCUCUGGUGGAUCGAGAGCCUUGUUGAGGACAAGCCCUUCGGCAGCCAGUAUCCGACAAAGCCAACGAUGGGAUGCGACAGGUGUAACUGGAGUUUAUCGGCAUGUGCGCUAGCGUCUGCAGCGACGCACAAUGUUUCGCGUUGUAUCAUCGAAGCGUGGCUAGCGUCCUCUAUCCGGGUAAAAUUUGAGCCUUGCUUGUUUCGCGCCAUUGAUGAGCUGCCCUCUAACCAGACUAAGAAGAGUCAGAACACAUCCUUGGUCGAUGGAGGGGAUACCCUGUUGUAUGCAAGUGGCGACGAUCGUGCGGCUCUCAGAGGUGCAGGGGGGACGGGGCAGAUCUUCGGUCUCAAGCAACCGAUACAAGCCUUCUUUCAGCCUCGGGUGUAUAAUGACGGGUUGUACAUCCCCAAUGGGCAUGUUUUCUUUUUGCGAGGGAAUCAAGUCGCGAGCAGCGGGAGCAGCACUGUUGACCUUGCCGGCGUGAAAGUCCAGACGCCAUUUGUCGGCGAAGUCGAAGCCAGUGGAGAGGCAGAGGCUGUGGCUUCCGACGUUGGUUUCCCGAAUUGGAAAUAUACCUGGCCAGCUGCGAUUUCCUUUCCGAAUCGUAGCUGCACCCCAUACUACGCUUAUUUGGCAGUGUUUAUCUCCGCAGACCUUUCUUUCAUCCAGGUCAGUAGGCCGAUCAGACCAAGCAUUGAUCCUGUCAUCAAUUGAUAAGCCCUGACACGGCGUUAGAAAGUUCGUCACCAUCUCUACUCGACCAUUGCUCCUGUCAUCAGUUGAUAAGCCCUGACACGACGACAGAAAGUUCGUCAUCAUCUCUGCAUAGUCUUACUGACUCUUACAUGUAUUCAUCUCAUGUCUGCAGGUUUUGACAGAAAGCCAGGAGAGAUGGCUACACACAUCGAAAGAAGACAACAGACACGUAAAUUACCCCAUCCUGACUCGGACAUAGUUAUUAUAAUAAAUGACAUACUGGGCUCUUUUGAGUCAGGAAACGAAAAACAAAAGUGUCAUAACAAU